UAUAAGGUAGUAGGGCAUACAGAUAGCAUAGUUUGUUAAUUGAAACGGUGUCAAGAAAAUCAUUCUUGACAUGAUAUUUGUGAAACUUUUACUGUUCGCCUGUGCCCUGGGCAUCUCCCUUGAAGAGAUCAAUGGACACGGGAUGAUGAUGAGUCCUGUCAGCAGAAGCAGUGCUUGGCGAGAAGGCUUUCCGGUUGAAAUUAAUUACAACGAUAAUGAGCUCUUCUGCGGUGGUUUUCAAAUUCAAAUGGAACAAAAUGGUGGAAAGUGUGGAGAAUGUGGGGACAACUAUGCUCUUCCUCGACCCAGACCAAAUGAUAAUGGUGGAAUUUAUGGACUUGGUAUAAUUGUGAAGAAGUACAGUCCAAAUGAAAUCAUCAACGUGAAAGUACAAUUAACUGCCAAUCAUCGUGGAACCUUCCGGUUCAACCUGUGCCAGUUGAUGAACGAGCAUCACGUGGAAACCGAGGAGUGCUUCGAUGAACAUCCCCUGCAGUUGGCAGACGGUUCCUACGAGCUGAGCGUGCCGCCCAGUAAAGCGAAAUUCGACAUACCGAUUCGUCUACCGGCGAAUUUCACCUGCGAACACUGCGUCCUCCGAUGGCACUAUAGAACCGGAAACAAUUGGGGCGAGUGUGAAGAUGGCAGUACUGGCUUGGGCUGCGGACCACAGGAAACCUUCAGAAACUGCGCUGACGUUUCUAUUCUUUCUCCUGCAUCGAACUCUUCCUCUUCUUAGACAUCUUAUUAUUUUAUAGAUUUUCAAUCGAACGAAGAAGUAUUCAGAAAUUUUUAAACAUGGUCCGUGGCAUAUUUGAGGAGCUAAAUAUUAUUUGCUAAUUAUUUUAUAAAAUCUUGAUUAAGCUGGCUAAUACAGUAAAAGUUGGAUAAGUACCCAGGUACACCCAUUAGAUAACUACCCCAUAAUCAUCCCCACCACCUAGAGAGACAAGGGGGGAUAAGAUAAUGAUUCAACAACAAAACUUUUUGAUUUUUGAUUUUUUCUCGUCAAAACUUUUACUUAUAUUUUUCGGCGCGCUUCUGAUCAAAUCGAGAUGAUUCAAAUUAUAUAAUGUUUGGUCUCGUUUUAUUCAGAAGCGCGCCAAAAAAUAUAAGUAAAAGUUUCGACGAAAAAAAAUCAAAAGCAAAAAAUUUUGUUGUUGCGUUGGCAUCCUAUCACUAAUAUGUUUUCUUCGGUUCCUUUAAUUCACGAACCUCUUUCUCAUUCGCUCUUUGUCCUUUCCCAAGUAAGGCAACAUUCCAACGUUCUUCGUUUUAUAACUGCUCGGUUUUGGUCUCAACUUUCGGGUAAUUAUCCAACUUUUACUGUAUUUGCAAAUUAUUUUAUAAAAUCUUGAUUGCGUUGUCCAGUAACUCCAUGCGGUUUUUUGUGAGUGAACAAAGGACGAUUUUCUUUAUUGAAAACCGUAACUUCGUUCAACAAUGCAUUAACCAUUUUCAUCCACUUCCUUUUGCCAUUUUUCGAGUAUCUUCACAAUGCCUUUCUCACGCAAUUUCCCGUCUUUCUUGGCGAAAAUCUAUUUGAGGUUUCUGUUGAUGUCUUUAUUGGCAACGAAGCGCUUUCCAUUCAAGCGAUUCCGAAGGGAGUAUCACAAGUGAUAACCGGAAGGGGCUAGGUUAAAUGGGUAUAGAAAAUGCAGUAUUCAUAUCAAGUUCCAAUAAUUUUUCCAAGUUUACGAAAAAUCAUUGUUUUUGAACGUUGCAUUAACAUAACGCAUUUUCUAUACUCAUUUAACCCUUGUCCCUUCCGGUUUGUACUUGUUAUACUCCCUUCGGAAUUUCUUCUAUGGACAGCGCCCUCUGUCAACAGAGACAUCAAUUCAAAGCUCGAAUAUUUGGACUUCGAGAUCGACGGGCGAUUGUUUGAGAGAUGCAUCGUGAAUAUUUUCGAAAGAUAGGUAAAGGCAGUAAAUGAAGAAGGUUAAUUCUUGAAGGAAGUUAUGGCUUCCUAUGAAGAAGAUCGUACUUCGUUCACAUGCAAAAAACCGCAUAGAAUUGUUAGCCAAUCCAAAAUGGACAAAAUAUUUAACUUCAUCUUUAGAUCUUUUAAAAAUUUUAGUAG